AUGACUUCUGUGGAUCGUAUUCUGGAAGGUAAAUACCCUGCCAAGGCUCACGCUCGUCGUGUUGCUGAGACCCUUCAAUCUCGUCAUGGCGAGGCGGGUGUCAUUUACUUGGAGGCCCAAAAAACUAGAAUGAUUGAGGAUAAUGAUGGGGAAAUGCCAUUCAGACAGCGUCGUCCUUUCUUCUACCUCACUGGUUGCUCUUUGCCUGAUGCCUCGGUUGUGUACGACAUCAAAGCUGAUGAGUUAACUCUCUUCAUCCCUCCCAUCGACCCGGAAUCCGUCAUCUGGUCCGGUCUCCCCAUGUCUGUCGAGGAGGCUGCGAAGCUCUACGAUGUGGAUCAAGUCCUCUAUACCACCGAUGUGAAUGCACACCUCGCCUCCAUCGCAGCUAAGCAGGGAGGUCAAGCUCCAGCUUUUGGUAUCGCUGAGCAGAUCUCACAGGAGACUAAGUUCCAGGGAUUCGCUACAACAAACCAUGCUGUUCUGAAGGAUGUUAUUGGUGAUGUCCGUGUUGUGAAGGAUGCGUACGAGGUCGCUUUGCUGAGAAAGGCAAAUGAUAUCUCCGCAAAGGCUCACAUCGCUGUUCUUAAGGCUGCGAAGACCGCUACUAAUGAGCGUGAGCUUGAAGGUACCUUUAUUAGCGCUUGCAUUGCCGGUGGAUGUCGUGAACAAUCUUACCACCCUAUCUUUGCUAGUGGUGAUAGUGGUGCUACUUUGCACUAUGUUCGUAAUGACAAGAGUCUUAUUGACCCCGUUACGCAGAAACGCAAGAAUAACCUGCUCAUCGAUGCCGGUGGUGAGUACAACACUUACUGUGCUGAUAUCACUCGUGUCGUUCCACUCGAUGGUGGUUUCUCCAAGGAAACAAGGGAAAUCUAUGAGAUUGUUCUCCAGAUGCAGGCUGAGUGUAUUGCUGUCCUCAAGGAGGGUGUCCUCUGGGAUGAUGUCCAUUCUUUGGCCCAUCGUAUCGCUAUCAAGGGUUUGCUGAAGCUUGGCAUCCUUCGUGGUGAGGAGAAUGAGCUCUUUGAGAAGCGUGUUAGUGUUGCGUUCUUCCCUCACGGUCUUGGUCAUUACCUUGGAAUGGAUACCCAUGAUACUGGUGGCAACCCUAACUACGCGGACAAGGAUAAGAUGUUCCGUUACCUACGUGUACGCGGAAAUCUGCCUGCAGGCUCUGUUAUUACUGUUGAGCCAGGUAUCUACUUCUGCCGAUUCAUCAUCGAUCCUGUCUUGAAUUCUCCGGAAUUAGCUAAAUACAUCAAUGAGGAGGUACUAGAACAGUACUGGAACGUUGGUGGUGUCCGCAUUGAGGAUAAUAUUCACAUUACCAAGGAUGGCUCGGACAACUUGACAACGGCCCCUAAGGCUCUGGCCGAAGUGGAGAUCCUCGCUCAAUAA